GAGGAAAGCGGGGAACAUGAGGAGAAAGUACAAGGUCAGGAAGAACCAGGUUGUCAGUCACAGCAGCCUGCCUGUGGCAGAGCUGUUAGAAACAGAAGGAAUCAUAGGAGGUCAAGAUGCAACACCAGGAAGUUGGCCAUGGCACGCCCUUGUAGUAGCUUAUGGACCUUAUGGAUAUAAACAGUGUGGAGGUUCCCUAAUCACCAACCAGUGGGUUUUGACAGCUGCUCGGUGCAUACCAAUGUUAUCGAUUUUCCAACAUCCUGCAGGAAGUUAA